AUGUUCCGCAAUCCCUCUAAUGAGAAAUUUGGAACACCCUCCUUGCAAGAAGUAGUUGCACCUCACAUUGAAGCCUUCAACAGUAUCUCUGAAUUCGGUCAAGGCCAGCAAGGUUUAUUGGAUUACGCUAUCAAAGAUAUUGGCACCAUGUCUGUAUUCGACAACGCUGACAACGACAUCAAUCUCGAUCCCUCAGGUGUCACAUUGGGCAACAAAUUGACUUAUUGGCUCGAAGAUGUUAAAUUACACCAACCUAUGGUGAGUGAACGUGACAGCACGACUCUUAAGAGAAGAACCUACCCUUCAGAGUGCCGUGAACGCCUCAAUACCUAUCGUGGUAAAUUGCAAGGCAAAUUGUGUUGGAGAGUGAACAAUGGCCCUGUGCAAUCUGACUUGCGUGAUCUCGGUUUGGUUCCCGUUAUGGUCCGUUCUAAUCGCUGUAAUCUUGCUGGUAUGUAUCCCAAGGAGUUGAUUGCCCAUCAUGAAGAGUCUGAAGAGAUGGGUGGUUAUUUCGUUGUCAACGGUAUCGAAAAGUUGAUCCGUCUCUUGAUUGUGCCUCGUCGCAACCAUGUCACUGCCAUCAUCCGUAACUCUUUCCAAAACCGUGGUCCCACCUACUCUACUUUUGGUUGUGCUAUUCGCUGUGCUCGCCGUGAUCAAACCACCCUGACCAACACCAUCCACUAUUUGAAUGACGGUAAUGUCAUGUUCCGUUUCGCCUGGCGCAAACAAGAAUACCUUUUGCCUGCCAUGUUGGUUUUCAAGGCUUUGGUUGAUACCUCUGAUAAAGAAAUCUUUGAUGCCCUCUGCCAAGGUGAUGUGCAAAACACUUUCUUGACGGAUCGUAUCGAGCUGUUGCUGAGAUCCUUCAAGAUCUACUCUCUCUACACGCGUGAGCAAUGUUUGAGCUAUAUCGGUGAGAAGUUUAGAGUGACCAUGGGUCUCGACGAGGAUUUGACUGAUCAGCAAAUUGGUGAAGAGCUUUUGAAGAAGCUUAUUUUCGUUCAUAUGGAUGACAACCGUGACAAAUUUAACCUCUUGGCUUUCAUGAUCCGCAAGCUCUACUCUGUUGUCUCUGGCGAAUGCGGUGCUGAUAACCCAGAUGCCCCUCAACAUCAAGAAGUUCUCUUGGGCGGUCAUCUCUACACUAUGAUUAUGAAGGAAAAGAUCUUUGACUGGCUCACUGGUAUCAAGAUGCAGAUCCGUAACGACAUUCGAUUAAACCCUUCUAGAGUUGAUUUCUUCAACAAUACCUACUUCCAAAAUGCCUAUCGCAAGGUCAACAGUGAUAUUGGUGUCAAGAUGUCCUACUUUUUGGCUACAGGUAAUCUUGUCAGUAAGACAGGCUUGGAUUUGCAGCAAUUUUCUGGUUUCACCAUUGUCGCUGAGAAGCUCAAUUUCUUCCGUUAUUUGGCUCACUUCCGUUGUAUCCAUCGUGGUGCUUUCUUUGCCGAGUUGAAGACUACCUCUGUGCGUAAGUUGCUUCCUGAGGGUUGGGGUUUCCUUUGCCCUGUCCACACUCCUGAUGGUUCCCCAUGUGGUUUGCUGAACCAUUUGGCCCACAAGUGUAAGGUCAUCAACGAACCUCUUGAUACCAAGACUGUCCCUCGUUUGUUGGCCGCUCUGGGUGUCUCCCAAAGCUUCCUUCAUACCAUCAAUCGUCCUGGAGAUGUUGUUGUCAUGUUGGAUGGUAAGAUCAUUGGCUGGUGUACUCCUGCUACUGCCGCCAAGGCAGCACAGAGCUUGAAGGUGUGGAGAGUCAACAACGAGCACGGCAUUCCCUUGGAUUUGGAGAUUGCCUAUGUGCCCAAGUCGUAUGGUGGUGAAUAUCCCGGUCUCUAUCUCUUUGCCAGCCCUGCUCGUAUGAUGCGUCCAGUCAAGUAUCUUGGUAACGGCAAGACAGACAUGAUUGGUACAUUUGAGCAAGUUUACAUGGACAUUGCCUGUAUGGAUGAUGAGGUAGUUCCUGGUGUUACUACUCAUCAAGAAUUCACACCCACCAACAUUCUCAGUAUUAUUGCCAAUCAAACACCCUUCUCUGAUUUCAACCAAUCUCCUCGUAACAUGUAUCAAUGUCAAAUGGGUAAGCAGACUAUGGGUACACCAUCUACUGUCUUGAACCAUCGUACAGACAACAAAAUGUACCGUAUUCAAAAUGGUCAAACCCCCGUUGUCAGAACUGAGCUUUACAACCACUAUGGUUUGGACGGCUGGCCACAAGGUAACAAUGCUAUCGUCGCUGUUAUUUCGUACACUGGUUACGAUAUGGAGGAUGCUAUGAUUUUGAACAAGUCUGCUCAUGAACGUGGUUUCGGUUACGGUACUGUCUACAAGGCUGAAACGGUGGAUCUCAACUCGUACCGUGCUCGUGGUGAGCCCAUUACUUACCGCUUUGGUCUUGAUCCUGUCAAGGGCAAGAAAUACCGCAGCAAGAUUGGCGAUGAUGGUCUCCCUCACAUUGGUGCACAUUUAGUUGCUGAUGAUCCUCUCUGUUCCUACAUUGAUGAGUCUACUGGCAAGAACAUUAUCAAGAAAUACAAGGGCCCCGAAGACGCCUAUGUGGAUGAGGUUCGUAUCUUGGGUGAUGACGCUGGUACUGGUGAACUCCAAAAGGUGCACAUCAAGCUUCGUAUUACUCGUUCUCCUGUCAUUGGUGAUAAGUUCUCCUCUCGUCACGGUCAGAAGGGUGUCUGUUCUCAAAAGUAUCCUGCUAUUGAUAUGCCCUUUACCGAGUCUGGUAUGCAACCUGAUGUUAUUAUCAACCCUCACGCUUUCCCCUCUCGUAUGACUAUUGGUAUGUUUGUCGAGAGUAUUGCUGGUAAGGCUGGUGCUCUCCACGGUAUUGCCCAAGACAGUACUCCUUUCAGAUUCAAUGAACAAAAUACUGCAGCAGACUACUUUGGUGAGCAGUUAUUAAAGGCAGGCUACAAUUACCACGGUAAUGAAGCCAUGUAUUCUGGUAUCACUGGUGAGGAGAUGAAGAUGGAUAUUUACAUUGGUGUCGUCUAUUAUCAACGUCUUAGACACAUGGUCAAUGACAAGUUCCAAGUGCGUACUACGGGCCCUGUUCAUAACCUCACUAUGCAACCUGUCAAGGGUCGUAAGAGACAUGGUGGUAUUCGUUUUGGUGAAAUGGAGCGUGAUUCAUUGCUUGCUCAUGGUACAAGUUACCUGCUUCAAGAUCGUUUGAUGAACUGCUCAGAUUACUCACAAGCCUACGUCUGUCGUCUCUGUGGAUCAUUAGCAUCGCCCAUCUGUACGAAGAUUGUGUCUACCUUGGGCAAUCGCCGUACUUAUGAAUGUAAAACAUGUAACACAGCAAAGGGCAUUGAUUUGAUUGCUAUUCCUUACGUAUUCAGAUAUCUCACAACUGAAUUAAUGAGCAUGGGUAUCAAGCUGAACUUGGGCAUCAAGCCUUAA